AUGAGGACUCUUGUUAUAUCUUUCCUAGUGUUGGCAACCAUUUUUGUAACUACAAGAAGCCUUUACAACCCACAGCAGCUAGAUUUGAAAUCCGCAGCGUUUUUAGUCAAGAAUAGUAUCAAAGAGUUGCGCCAGAGUUGGCACAAGGGCGCAUCGGGCGAAUCGGUCUUGGACUUGAACAGCGAGUACUCCAUCAACAGCGUCAUGAACUCGUUUUUCCCCAUCGACUCCAUGAUUGAGUUCAACACGACGCAGCCCGGGGAAAAUGCAACCUUGCACCAGCUAUUUGGGAGGUACGCCUCGUUUAGCUCGAUAUUGGGCGACGAGUUGACUUCGAAAUACUUGGUAUUGCCACAUAAUGCAUGUGCCGAUGUGGGAGAGGGAGAGGAGACCGAGUCGUACAAGGACAAGGUUUUAGUUGUGUUACGAGGAGGAUGCACGUUUGUUGACAAGGUGACGCGACUACUCGAGUGGGAGCCCUCAACCAUCAUCAUCGCCAACGACGAGCCCUACAGGGGCUUGAUCACCAUGUUUUCAAACACUUUCAACCAGGACGGCACACUCGAGACACCAGUCAUGUUUAUCACGAACGAGGAUUACACUUUGCUCAAGUCGUUUCAAGAGGAUGACUUGACCAUCACCAUCACCACGGCACAUCUCAGCAGCUGGUACACCAUAGUGUUGUCCAUGGUUUUCUCGCCCCCGCUUUUCAUUGUCAUCUUUUAUGGGAUCAUUGUGUGCGGGCAACGAAUCAGAAAAAGACAAAUCAACAGGAGAAACGCGCAAAUGGUGCGCGAUCUCCCCGUGUACAUUUACAACGUGAACCAAUUGGUGCCGGAGCAGAGCUUUGCCGCGUAUUUGAGAGCGUCAGGACGUGCCGAGCUGUCACCGAGUGAUUGUGCCAAUGGCGAAUCUCUUUUGGCGUCACGCUCGUGCUCGUACUCGAUGGGCUCUGCGCUGUCGGCCGAUGGAACAAUAACAGGCGCACCACCACCACCACCGCCACCAGACGUGAAGAAAAAGUCAAACUAUUCCACGUUGAAAUCCCCAGAUGGAUUUUUCACUUCUUACAAAUGCUCCAUCUGUUUGGAGAAGUACAUCCCGUUGAAAUCUAGAGUCCUCGUCUUGGACUGCAAACAUUUCUUCCAUCAGAAAUGCUUGUCCACCUGGCUCAUCAAUUUCAAGAGAAGUUGCCCCUUGUGUAAUUCCACAUUACAAAAAUCAAAAUUACUUGCAGGCCAAACGAAUUAUGGAGCAACUUGGGAUUUGGAGCAAGGCGUCGAAGCGGAAGCGGCGACACCAGAUAUAGGUUCCGACGUUAGAGAAACGACGAAUCUGCGCGAACAAGAAGAAUCAUCAUCAUCAUGCACACAAGAGGUUGCGACUCGUCCAACAUCUAGACCUUUUCUUAUAACACGACCACUGGCUCUUUUAAGUCGGUACAACGUCGAAAGUGAAUUCGACAGAGACGACUUGAGCACAAGUAUUGAUUCUGGAAAUAAUACAAAUUGA